CGUGUUUCACCCUCACACCUCAGCAGCAGCGUGCAAAUAAACGCACACACAUACACACACGCACAUGCACACACAUGCACACACACACACGCGCACACACACACACACAUCUCUGCAUCCUGUAUUUUUUUAUGCAUCGGGAACCGGGGCUUUAUAAGCGGUCGUGGAUUAUGAUGCCAGUUUUUAUAACAGCGGAAUAUUGGCUUCUUCUUCGACUCCAACUGUGAACAGCAGUAAAUCCCGUGCACGCGCGCGCGCGUGUGUGGUUUUUUAUUUUAUUUUAAUUUUUCAGAAUUAUUUGUUAUUUGGUUUCCACGUUACUUCUGAACGCCGAGAAACCGCCGAGCGAGACGCAAAGCCUACGUUCAAUGCAGUUGGAACAUGUCCUAUGUUCCCUUUCAAGAUGCAAGGUGUGCCGUCCCCCCCUCCUAUCAUUAUCACCAUCAUCGCUCCCACGCCCACUCCUUCCACGCUCCCUCCUACGACCGUCCCGCUCACGAACGUCCCACCUACAACCGUCCCUCCUACAGCCGUCCUUCCCACGACCGCCCUUCCUUCGAUCGCCCAUCCUUUGACCACCCUUCCUUCGACCGCCCGUCCUUUGACCGCCCGUCCUUCGACCGCCCGUCCUUUGACCGCCCGUCCUUCGACCGCCCAUCCUUUGAUCGUCCUUCCUUCGAUCGCCCAUCCUACAGCCGUCCCUCGCACGAACGCCCCAUCUACGACCGCCCAUCACACGAUCGUCCACCUCAGGACCGUUGGAACCCCCGUCUUCGCGUGAGCACCGGAAAUCAGCUCUACAUGUUGGACCAGGAAGAGGUACACCCUUUGCUGAUGCGCGAGAGGCGCUCAGAGUCUCACAGGAACAAGCUGCUGCGGCGGACAGUCAGCGUUCCUGUUGAGGGAAGGCACCAUCCCGAGAUGGAUCAUCGCGCCCGGCGGAAGAGCAUAGCCACCGGGAAGCAGCCCAGCAUGGAGGUCCCUCCCACUGCCCCCCUUCAACCCUUCCGACAAUCCGUGAGUAACCCCCACUGUUCCCGGCCUCGCUCGCUGCCUCCAUCCCUCUCGCUGUCCCUCCUCCCUCCUCCCGCCCUGGGUCCACCGCACACCUGUGGCCGUCGGGCCAGCGGCACCCCGCCUCACCCUUACCCUCUCUCCCUGGCCGUCUCCCCCUCCCUCGCCUUUUGCCAGCAGCAGCCGCAGCAGCAAAAGGGCUUCAAGAAAGGUUCCGGCACGCCCCCCUUGCCCCGCUCGCUGCCCCUCUCCCCCUCCCUGUCCUUCACCCUGCCUCACUCGCCUGCCGCCUCCUCCUCCUCCCCCCCCUUCUUGUACUGGGGCGGAGACUGGAGGGCUGCCGGUUCGAGUCCAGUGGCGGGAGGAGCAUAUAUUGCACCACUGCCCCCUGUUGAGAGUUUCCUCAGUAGAAGGUUGAAGGGCUCAAUCAAGAGGGCCAAGAGUCAGCCCAAACUGGACCGAACUAGCAGUUUCCGCCACAUGAUCCUCCCCCGCUUCCGCAGUGCCGACCAAGACAGGACCCGUUUGAUGCAGAGCUUCAAAGAGUCCCACUCCCAUGAGUCCCUGCUUUCUCCCAGCAGUGCCGCUGAGGCGCUGGACCUCACUCUGGACGAGGACGCUAUCAUCAAACCUGUGCACUCGAGCAUCCUGGGACAGGAGUACUGCUUUGAGGUGACUACGGCAUCGGGAACCAAGUGCUUUGCGUGUCGCUCAGCUGCAGAGAGAGACAAAUGGAUCGAGAACCUGCAGAGAGCUGUCAAGCCCAACAAGGACAACAGCCGGAGGGUGGACAAUGUGCUCAAACUGUGGAUCAUAGAGGCCCGCGAGCUUCCAGCAAAGAAACGAUACUACUGCGAACUAUGUUUGGACGACAUGCUGUAUGCACGCACCACCAGCAAGCCCCGCACCGACACCGUUUUCUGGGGCGAGCACUUUGAAUUCAACAACCUGCCAGCUGUCCGCAACCUACGCCUUCAUCUAUACAAGGAGACAGACAAGAAAAGACGCAAGGAAAAGAGCACAUACUUAGGACUCGUAAGCAUCCCCAUCUCAAGCAUCACUGGACGUCAGUUUGUGGAGCAGUGGUACCCGGUCAUCCAGCCCAGCGUUCUCACUAAGGGAGCUGGUGUCGGAGGAGGGAAGAUCAUCAAUGCAUCUCUACGCCUCAAAUCCCGCUUUCAGACCAUGAACAUCCUGCCCAUGGAGCUGUAUAAGGAGUUUGCAGAGUAUGUCACUAAUAACUACCGCACCCUGUGUGCUGUGCUGGAGCCUGUGCUGAGUGUCAAGAGCAAAGAGGAAGUGGCCUGUGCUCUGGUGCAUAUACUUCAGAGCACAGGGAAAGCUAAGGAUUUUCUAUCGGACAUGGCAAUGUGUGAGGUAGACAGAUUUAUCGACCGAGAACACCUUAUCUUCAGAGAGAACACUCUGGCCACCAAAGCCAUAGAAGAGUACCUCAAACUGAUUGGACAUAAGUACCUCAAGGAUGCUAUAGGGGAGUUCAUAAGGGCCUUGUAUGAGUCAGAAGAAAAUUGUGAAGUUGACCCCAUGAGAAUACCACCCUCUGUAUUACCAGACCACCAAGCCAAUCUUCGAAUGUGCUGUGAAUUGGCACUCUGCAAGAUUGUUAAUUCCCAUUGUGUGUUCCCUCGAGAGCUGAAGGAAGUCUUUGCCUCCUGGCGAGUGCGCUGUGCUGAGAGGGGUCGAGAAGACAUCGCUGACCGCCUCAUCAGCGGUUCUCUUUUCCUGCGCUUCCUGUGUCCUGCCAUCAUGUCGCCAUCACUUUUCAACCUCACCCAGGAGUAUCCAGAUGAGCAGACAUCACGCACACUCACCCUCAUCGCUAAAGUAGUGCAAAACCUGGCUAACUUCUCCAAGUUUGGAAGCAAAGAGGAGUACAUGUGUUUCAUGAAUGAGUUUUUAGAAAUGGAGUGGGGCUCCAUGCAGCAGUUCCUCUAUGAGAUCUCCAACCUGGACAGUGUCAGCAAUGCAGGCGCUUUUGAGGGCUACAUCGACCUGGGCAGGGAGCUGUCUAUACUCCACAGUCUCCUCUGGGAGGUCAUGGCUCAACUCAGCAAGGAUGCCAUCAUCAAACUGGGUCCUUUGCCUCGUCUCCUGAAUGACAUCAGCAUGGCCUUGCGUAACCCACACCUCCAGAGGCAGCCCAGCCAUCAGACAGACAGAGAGCCCUGGAGACAGUCGGACAGGCUGCUGUCACGGCCCAGCUUCAGCAGGGGCAUCUCAUCUGAGUUCCAAAAUCUCAUGAUGAGGGAUCUUAAUAGCUCUAUAGAUAUCACCCGUUUGCCUUCCCCUACAUCCACCGGAGGGGUCAUGCCAUCUCGUACCCAGAUGAGUUUUCAGGACCGUGACCAUCCUCAUCGAGCAUCCUCCAAAGACAUGUUUUACGUAUCACGCCCUCCGCUGGCCCGAUCCAGCCCAGCGUACUGCACGAGCAGCUCGGAUAUCACAGAACCUGAUCCUAAGCGGUAUUUCCUGGGAAAUACUUUGAUGCAUUCCGAUAACCAGGCAGGCCUCGCGGAUUCCCGAAUGAACAGCGUGUCUAACCUGCAGUCGGUGGACAUGCUCAACUCCUCCCAGGCCUCCAUCGCCGGCAUGGGCAGCUUCGGCGGGCUGAGCAGCGGAGGCGGUGGCGGCCUGGGGUCGGGCCUGAGCAGCCAGCUGCGGGCCGGUGGGAGGUUGUCAGCUGGCUCUGGCGGCUCCAGCAUGUCCGGUGGCCUCCGGCUGAGCCAGCUGAGCCAGAUGGGCACCACCACCGACUCGCUAUCCCAGCAGCAGCAACAGCAGGCCGCCGCCAUGCGCUACCCGCUUUCCUUCCAGAAUCCCCUCUUUCAUCUGGCGACUGCUGAUGGGCCUCAACAGCAACAGCUCCAUCACCAGCACAGCCGGGCUCAACCCCCCGCACCCCUUCUCCUGGCCCCAGAGCCCGAACCCUCUCACCAGUCCUACAUCCCACAGUUCGCCCAUGGAGGGUUCUCUCGCAGUGAGGAUCUGUCCACCCUCAGGACCAGGGACGGUCACCUGGGACAACCCAGCAUCAUCCACUCACAUAGCUACAGUGACGACUACAGCAGGGCUGACUAUGGACGCAGGCAGAUGUCCAUGCAUAUGCAGGAUAAUCUCCAACAGCAACAAAUGAUGGGCAUGGCCUCCCAGACGGGAACCUCCCAUUCCUCCCUGGCCACCACGCCUCCCUCCACAGUCCAACCUAUGCGCCAGAGUUCUGUUGCUCCGCCUCCCACCCAGCGUGUCAAAUCCCAGACCUCCCAUCAGCUGUCCGUCAGUGCAGCUGCUGCACCCUCUGCUCCUGCAAAAACUAGGCCGCAAAGCGGAAACCUUCUCCAGUCGCCAGAAUCCGGCUACGGCAGGCAGCAUGGGCCCCGGCAGCUCUCCGUCAAAGAUAACACUGCCCCGGGCCUGCCCCACCAGCAGAGCUCUGUCAGGGAAAGCCAGAGUCCACAGGGAACCACCAGUCAGAGCACUCAACAGUCACCACAGCAGCAGCCUCAGCAACAGCAGCACCUGCUCAAACCUACUAUGAGCAAACAGGGCUCCCAGUCUCCAUCUACCCUCAAUCCCCCAACGCCAGCCAAUGAGCGGACGGUGGCCUGGGUCUCCAACAUGCCUCAUCUGUCCGCUGACAUUGAAAGUUCUCGGAUUGACCGUGAGGAUUUCAAACUUAAGGAGUACUCAAAAAGCAUGGAUGAGUCACGCAUGGAUAGGGUACGGGAGUAUGAGGAGGAGAUAAACUCCCUGAAGGAGCGCUUGAUGAUGUCCCACAAAAAGCUGGAGGAGUAUGAACGGAGGCUCCUCACGCAGGAGCAGCAGACCAAUAAGAUCCUCCUACAGUACCAGAAUCGUCUCGAGGACAGUGAGAGGAGGCUACGGCAGCAGCAACUGGAGAAAGACUCCCAAAUUAAAGGAAUAAUUAGCAGACUCAUGGCUGUGGAGGAUGAGAUAAGAGGAGGAGCCAUCAUUGAGCCAAAAACCAGGAUUUUCGCUGAUCAGGAGGACCAGCUUUCCUCCCUGGGUUCUGCAGACCCCGGUGUGAAAACUGAAGGUGGAGGGGGAGGUGGAGGAGGUGGAGCAGUAACCAACGAUCAAGGCCUCAGAGUCUCUUCCUCGGGCAUUUCCUCUGUCAGCUCGCCCCACAAUGGAGCCCUCCCUCAAACCAUAGAUCCUCCCUCUCUACCCGCUCCUCAUCAACAUCCUAGUCAGAAUGGAGAGCUCCGUGGCAGCCAAACAUCUUCCCCAAUGACAACCUCACAGACAACUGGAACUACAGCAGCAGCAACUACAGGCAUAGCAGCAGAAGAAGGGGGAGUAGGUCAAACACAGCACUGAGCCAAAUCAGAGAGAGAUGACCCAAAGGAAAACACCACCCCUGCCCUUUCCCCAUUUAGCAAGACAGUUCUUUGAAAAGAAAUCACCUUUUAUGUUCUUAUUGCCCAGGCAAGAGAGAGAAGAAAAGCGAGCAGGAGACGAGUAGUAAUCAUACAGCUACUGUACAGUGCUUAAUACAUUAACACACAACACAAAGGGCUCUUCAAUGGACAUUUGUUCUCUUGAUGCUCACAUGGAGCUUCAGAUAGUAUCAGUCUUGCAGGACAAGACAAUGAUACCUUAUCACGUACUUUGAAUCUGUCAAACAAAGCAUUAACAUGCAUACCAAGAUAUGUGAAUAUGUGCUCCGUGCACUCAUCGCCUGUCUUUGAUUCCACUAGAAACAAACAUGUAAGGAUCAAGAACUAUAGAAUGUCUUGCACCCCAAAGACUUCAUAGUAGCCAUUAGCAAAGAAGUGCUAGAAGCUAGAAGCUAGCUUACAGUAACCCUUGACUCCCAUGGAUGUAGAUGCAUUAAUAUAUCCUGAACACGCCAGGCUACAGUUUGUUUUAGUAGGAAUGUGGCAAUGUGGUCUGGCUUUCAUAGUGCCUUUGAGUGUUUUUCCAACAGGGUUUUACAAUACAGUUAACAGAUGGCGAUCAAGUUGGCUUUGAAAGUAAGGGAAACAAUAUAUGGGCCGAAAACAGAGAUUCAAAGACACAAGAUCAAGCAUCAUAGCGGUUUGAGUGAUGAGAGACAUUUCUGGGAACUUCUUUCUUUUUUUCAAUCUAAGGGACGUCUUGUUUUUGGACUGAGCUCGUGCAGUUUUUCUCUUCUCAAUCUCAGAACCGAUUUGUGAUAAACUGGUGCUAAACAGAAACAAAUGGUGCCAUUUUCCAAGUCAGCUGUCUGUGUCUGCCAUAGCACUGCCUCUUUCAUGGUUCACUCACUGUCUUUUCUCUCUCUCUCUCUCUCUUCUGCAGUUUGUCUUUGACAGGACUUUUUUUUCCUCCCAAUAUGUUCCGUAUGUGUCCGUCUUUGUUCUUUGUGCAUCGUGUUGUGUUAUGCUUAAACGGGGGUGUUGGGGUUUCCAUAUCUGUUUUUGGUUUUUUUGCACUCCUCCAAUCUCUGAUUUUAAUCACAUUUAAUAAAAGCAGCUCCCAGGCUCAGAAUUGAUGGAUCAACUAUUGCACUUUUGCCUCCAAAGGCUAUCUGUAGUUUACAACUAGCACUAGUAAUUUUAAUACUUUGAAAGACAGGGAUGAAUGAAGUGUAUUCAGUGUUUGUUUGUUUUUCUUUCACUUAAAUUAUGUUGAUUCUUUGUGUUUUUCUAGAAGAUGAUUAUUUUGCUUGUUUCAGACACAGCCUUUAAUAAUUUAUCUUGCAAUUUUCACCAAAACAAAUAAAUAGUAAAAACAGGUUAGUAGUUAUUUUGGGCAUACACUACAUUUUACCCCAUUUUUACUUUCAAAUUUGCCAUUUAAACACAAAGAGGAUUUUGUUUCCUUACAAAUAUCUGUGAAAAGACCAUUUCUAGGUUUGCUACGCCUGCCGUUAAGUGCCUGGGAUAGAUGUAUUGAGUAUCCUUUGGCCAGUAGACUAGCUAGUCAUCAACCAAAUGCACCUUAUAAAGCCUUGCUUAACACGUUAAAAUAAAUUAUAUCCCUGAUUCUACAAAUUAUUAUAUAUUAUAUUAUCUUAUAUAUUACUGUGUGUAGUUUGCUUAACUUGAGGUUUCUUUUUUUAAAAUGAAAAGAGACCUGUUGUUGAAAACAAAGCAAAAAAAAAAAGUUUGACAACACCAUUAAAACAAACCAAAAAGUAAAGCAUUUAAUUUAUUGCAAAUUUUAGAGAAUUGUUUCAUGUACUUUGCAAAUGAACUCAUGAUUUGAUUUCUCAUGUGUCCAAUGCUGAAAACACAUCUUUGAAAUGUUUGCAACAUGUAUCCAUAUUCCUUCAUUUUGUGUAUGAACUGUCUGCUGUAAGGUUUGUCUCGAUGUGAAUUUGUUUUUGUCUUUGUAGCCUCACACACUGGUGUCGCGCUGCAACAACUUGGCUUGUUUUAAAGUUCAGGUUGAACCAAGAAGUGUUUCACAUCAGCCAUUUUUCACUUUAGACAGACCACAACAUUUUUGUUUUUGCCGUGUCAAAGGUCAAAAUGGCCUGCAGUGGUUAAGCUUAGAUUAGACUUCUAAUGAUAGUGAAUGUUGAACCACCAAAUGUUUAUAAUGCUAGCAGUCUUAUGCAGGGAAAGAUUGUCUAUUUAGGGCUACUUCUUUCUUGUGAAUUUACUUGUGUGGUGAAUGUUGGAUUCAAAGCGGGCUAGGUUAUGAACAUCAGUGUCUUUUCAGAGACGUGAUAUGAUCCGUGAUUGAGAAAUUAACAUUGCUGUGAAAAUACCUCAGUGACUCAGGUAAACAAGCAGUUGCCUCAGAGCUGAACACAAAAACUAUAGAAAAUAAAAAGAGACGAGUCCAGCUUUGGAAAGACUGCCACCAUGCAGAUACUCGGUCAAUAGCUAUGCUUUAAUAGCACCUGAUCAAGCACCCUCCCCCGUUUCUUCUCUCUCUCUGUCUCCCUUUUUUCUCCCCCAGCCACUCUCAAAGCUUCAUCGAGGACAAUGUGGAACCUAAUUGGCUGAUGCACCAUCGGCAGUCUGCAGGGUGGCAUGGCCAAAUGUCCAGAGCCCUCUCUCGUGACGCGAUUGG